AUAUAACAUAAAUAUAGCAUAAAAUAAACCCUCGAUAGUAUCGAUAGCGACACGAUGAUUUUGCAUCACUAGCUGAGAGCAGCGUCAACGACAACAGCGGCGACGGCAGCAAAGGCAGCCGCAGUAGCAGUAGGAGGAAAGCAGCGCAGCCGCUAAUCUUUUGCUUUGCCGUCGGUCGCGUCGCAAAAGCAACAAAACUCUAAAAAUUAAAAGCAAAAAGACGACGACGACGCAGUAGAAGAAGAAGAAGCAGCAGCAGUAGAAGAAGAAGCAGUAGUUAAAGAAGAAGAAGCAGCAGCAGCCGCAGCAAUUGAAGAAGAAGCAGCAGCACCAAGCACUUGAUGAGCAAAUUAAAUAAAGCAAAUCAAUAAACAUAACAAUAACAAUAAAACAAAAAACCGAAAAACAACAAAGGAGAAAUCAAGAACAAACGCUACAUCUAUUUUUUUUUGUGUUUUUGCAAAACAAAUAAAACUAAAGUGGCGUCAAACACAAAAAAAACAAAAAGAACGAAAAAAACAAUAAUCAACGUGAAAAAUAAAAGCAUUUUUGACGUGUUUGUUUGUGUGCGUGUGUGUGUGUUUGUGAGUGGUGGCCAAAGCGGCGAAGCGGGCAGCAGCGCAGCGGCAAAGGCAGCGGUGCGGCGCUAGAAAAUAUGUGGAUAGCCAGCAAAGGCGCCGCCGCAGCAGCAGCGCUAAAUAACAACAACAACAACAACAUCAGCAAGAACAACAACAACAAAAGCAGCGACGUCGCAGCAGCCGCCGCCAGAGCCACCGCGUGGAAAGCAAACAAAAGCAGCGCAUGACCGACGCAGGCAGCGCAGCAGCAGCGAGCGAAUUAAUUUGCUUCGAAAUCGAAAUAAAUGCAAAUAAAGUGCAACACAAAACAAACGAAACAAACAAAUAUAUAUAACAACAAUAACAAAAGUAAACGCAGUAGAAGUAGACGCAGCUAAAGAAGAAGAAGAGGAAGAAGAAGACGAACAAAAAAGAAGCAGCAGCAACAGCAAAACAAGAAGAAGCAGCAGCAGCCAACGGAAGAGGAAGAAGCAGCAAACGUGCAAUAACAACAACAACAAAAAGAACAACGAGCAAGUGAAGUGAGUGAGAGCGAGCGAGAAAGAGUGUGGAGGAGUGCAAAAAGCGAGAGUGAGAGCGAGAGAGAGACUCUCAUUAAAACCGAAACGUAAAUAAUAAUAAAUAAAUUACAAAAAUUUAAUAAUAGAAGCAAAGCAGUCGAGCUUGCAACAACAAUUUUCGAACGUCGCCGUCGUCGUCGUUGUUGUUGUUGUUCUUGGCUGUUGUUGUUGUUGCCAUGGCCAGCAUCAACAUCAACAGCAGCAGCAGCAUAACAAAUGCAACACAAGCAACAACAACAACAACAACGCUGCCAUCGCUGUUUAACGGCAACAACAACAACAACUGCAACACUGGCAGCAGCAACAACAACAACAACGUAAACGUUGCCGCCAAAGAUAUGGACGGACUGAUUGCCAUCAAUGAUAGCGCAUUAUCGCAACAAAUCGAAUUUAUACUACAAGAUGCUCCCAUGGAGCAGGAUGACGAGCAACAACAGUUGCAGCUGCAACAGCAGCUUCACAUGGCGGCGUCCAAGCUCGACAACCACCCACCGACAACAAAUGCAACAAUAACGACAGCAACAACCGCAGCAGCAGUAGCAGCAGCAGCAACCACAACAAACAACAGCGCUUCCCCAUACAUCAACAACAACAGCAUCAUCAGCAACAACAACAACAAUAACAGCAACAGCAAUCACAGCAACAACAGUCUAAGUGUUGAAGAUCAACAGCAACUGUUGCUGCAACAACAUCGCGCACAACAGCAGCAACAACAGCAACAUCAUCUGCUCAAUGGACGUCGCAUCAUUAUACAAUCAACAACUUGCGGCAGUGGUGGCAACUCUGUUCUCUCGGCCAGCGACAUUAAAGAGGAGCAACUGGAGCAGGACGAUGAUGACGAUGAUGAGCAGUUAACGCAACAUCAGAAUCAUCAUCAGCAUCAGCAUCAGCGCCUUCAUCAUGCAGACGAGGACGAUGAGGGCGAAGAGGAGGAGGAGGAAGAUCCCGAAUUGAACGAUGAGAAUCUGCAGGACAUUGAGGAGGAGGCGCAGGCAGCCGAAGCCGAUGAGGAGCCCGAAACGGCGGCAACAACACACUUGCAGCACACGCAAACACAUCUGCAUCACCAUCCGCAUCAUCAGCAGCAACAGCAGCAGCAUCAACAUCAUCCACACCAACAACAGCAGCAGCAAUUGCAACAGCAGCAGCAACAACAACAACAACUGCAGCAACAUUUGCAGACUCAGGUGAAGCUGGAGCUGAACGAGCUGCCCGACGAUGAAGAGGAAGAUGAGGAGGACGAGGACGAGGAUGAGCACAUGGCGCAGUCGACAACAGCGCAACAACAGCAACUCGAGACGCUGCAGCAGCAACUGGAGUACACGACGGGGACACAGCAACUGGUGUUGCCAGCCGGAAGCAUUGUGAGCACCACAACGCGCGCGUUGGCGGUGCCGGUGUCGGAGGCGGCAUUGGUGCAGCUGCAACGUCGACCCGUGUACAUCAGCAAUGCGACGAUGAGCAGUUUGGCUGGUGCCACGUAUGUGCGAAUGCCGGCGGCGGCGGUGAUCAGUCGCAGUCCGAUGACGGUGCUCAAUGUGGUGCAACAGACGGGCGGACCGACGGCUCAGCUCAUAUUGCAGGCGGCGGCAGCAGCAGCGGCGCCACAGCAGCAGCAGCAACAGCAGCAAUCAACUGCUGGCGCAGCAGCAACAACUGCUGCAGCAACGACAGCAACAACAGUUGCUACGCCAUCGCCCAGCAAUGAGCAACAAUUGGCUGCCAUAGCGCUUGCCCAGCAACAGCAGCAGCAGCAACAACAACAACAGCAGCAACAACAACAGCAGCAGCAGCAACAACAUCAUCAGUCCAUUAAACCAGCGCCAGCCACGAGCAAUGUGGCAACAUCGACGACCAGCUAUCAGUGCAUGGAGUGCGUGGAAAAGUUCGACUCCAAAGAGCUCUUCGACAUCCAUCGCAGCGGGCACGCGAACAACAUGAAGUGCGCCAUCUGCAACAUGGUCUUGAAAUCGCUAAAGAACUAUGAGAAGCAUUGUUUGCGCUGCAAACCCUAUGAAUGCCAGAUCUGUGGACGUGUUGUCCGCUUUCGUCCCAAUUUCAUCAAGCAUAUGCGCGUCCACACUGGCCAACAGUCGGAGCGGCACAAAUACAAGUGCGAGGUCUGCCACAAGGAGUUUAUGAGCUUUGAGUACUUUAAGGUCCACAAGAAGAUCCACAACGAGAAUGUGAAUCUGACGUGCGAAAUAUGUGGCAAGGUGUUCAGUGCGCUCGCCUCGUUGCGCGGACACUCCAAGCUCCAUUCGGGCGUCAAGCUGCACAAAUGCGAUGUGUGUGGCAAGGGCUUUGGACAGCGCUACAAUCUGAAGAUUCAUGCGCGCACGCACACUGGCGACUUUCCGUUUGAGUGCAAAGUGUGCAAGAAGAAGCUGCACACGCAAUCGUCGCUGCAGACACACAUGCAGGUCCAUUUACGCGAUCAGCCCAAAAACGGCAGCAGCAGCGGCAGCAACAACAACAAUAGCAGCAGUAGCAGCAGCAACAACAGUGCCGCCAGCAGCAACAACAGCAGCAGCAGUGGCAACGGCAACGGCAGCAACAUCAACAGCAAUGCGGCCACUGUUAAAAUCGAACCCGAUUUGCAGCAACACCAACAGCAGCAGCAGGAGCAACAGUUGCAGUCACAUGAAAUGGAACUGGACGAACAGUCGGGCUUGAGUGAGGAUGAACACGAUGGUGUUGUGUCCGGUGUUGCUGCUGCUGCUUCGCUGCACAAUUCGUCGACCAAUAACAAUCGUUUAACCACCGGCGAGGAUUCGUCAAAUGAAUCCUCCUCGAAUGCCUCGCUACAACAGCCGCACUCGAAUUCGGCCAGUUCAUCGCAACACUCGCAACAACAUCAGCAACAACAACAACAACAGCAGCAACAACAACAAUAUAUUGUUGCGCCGCCGCGUUCGAUUGUCAUCAAGAACUAUAUGCAACAGCAACAGGCGCCGGUGAUAGAUGCCGCUAACGGUGGCAAUUGCUCGAGUGUGCUGCACACACAGGUCAUACAGAGCGGUGCAGGCACCAGCAACAGCAAUGGCAACAGUCACAGCAGCAGCAACACCAGCCACAACAGCAGCAGCAGCGGCAACUCGAACAGUAGUCAGCAUAGCAACAACAUGCACAGCAUCAACAAUGGUCACACGAACAACAACAGCAGCAGCAGCAUUGUUGCUGCCGCAACAACAGCAACAGUUGCUGGCAGUGCAGCGAGCAGCAAUCUGGCUCAGCAGUUGCUGCGCAAAACUCCCAUCAUACACUCGACGGGCACGCUUAGCUCAGCGUUGGCCAGCGUCGUUCAACAGACGGGCGUUGGUUCGCCGGCGCAAUCGCCAUCAUCUUCAUCCACAUCGUGUUCCUCCUCCACCGUGCUGGUGUCCAAGGCGACGGGUGUGCCGCUAUCGAUUGCCUCAUCGGCGGCACUGGGCGGCUCCACAAUAAUACGCAGCACGCGCAACCAUCAUCAGCAGCAGCAACAGCAACAACAACAGCAGCAGCAGCAGCAGCAGGCGGCGCAGAGCAAUCAGCAACGUAUUGUCGCGGGACAACAGCAACAACAGCAGCAGCAGCGUAAUAACCACCGAAACCACCACCGACGUCGUCAUUUGGCGGACAUGGACGACGAUGAUGAUGAUGACGAUGACAAUGAUAAUGAGGAUGAGGCGAGCGUGCAACAAAUGCGUGCUGCUGCUGCAACCACAAACGGACAUCAUCAGCAGCAGCAGCAACAGUUGCAGCAACAGCACUCGAAUCAUAAUCAUAGUCACAGUCAUCAACAUCAACAACAGGCGAACAAUCAUCAGCAGCAACAGCAGCACAUCAGCAACAAUCAUCAGCAGCAACAUCCUCAACAGCAACAAGCGCUUCAUCAUCAUCAUCAUCACCAUCACAAUCAUCAUAAUCAUUUCGAUGAUGAUGAUGACGAUGAGAAAUCAUCACCGUCCCUGGCAACAGCCGCAAUCAUCAAAGUCGAACCGAAUCUCUAUUCAUCCGGAUCGGGUGACAAUUCCAACGAUAUGUUCAUCAAGGAGGAGGUGAUGUUUGAAGAUUCCGCCGCACCGCAUUCACCACAAUCGCCGCCAAGUUCGAAAUUUCGCAUCUCGAAUUUCGAUAGCGAUCUUGUCGACGAUCAUGUCGAUCUAAAUCAUUCGCUGCCACCGUACGGUAAUCUCUUUGAGCCGCAUUCAAUACGCGACAGCAUCCCGGUGCAAUUGUAUCCCGAUGACGAUGAUGAUUUUCGCUUGGAUCACAGUUCGUUGGGUGGCCUCCAUAAUACAUCAUCGUCGACCACCGAUGGCGAUUUCAUCAAAAAGGAAUGGGUCUAUGGCAGUGCGUCGAGCAGUUAUGCCAUGAAUGGUAAAUUCGAUGACGAUAGCGAUGCGCUCUGCGAUGCCGCCAAUUUCAUCUACAAUUGAUCAAAUUGAAAACAUAGAAAAAACAAACCAACAAACACUUAAAUGCAUGAGAAGAAAACACACAAAAACAAAAUCGAAACAUACAAAUUCAAACUUUUAUAUACAUACACGUAUAUAUACAUACAUCUAUAUAUAUAUAUAUAGUAAUUUGCUAUCUCUGUCGCGCUCGUGAUCUUAACGUGAUCUUAAACUAAAUCAAUGUGUAAAAUGUAUUUGUAACUGUAUUUUGUAGUUGUUUCUAUAAUGGAAAAUCGCGGUAAAGUAAGAUGCAACUGUCUCUUAUCACACACACACACACACACUCGAACACUCACACAGUGUCUGUCUGUCUCCCUCUUUUUAACUGUUUUUCACACACAACAACAAACAACUCGAACAAAAAUCUCUUUCUCUCUCUCUCUCUCUCUGUCUCUCUUUGUGUCUAGCUGUCUUUGUCUUUGUGUGCUAGCUUAUAUUGUUUACUCGCUCACACAGUGUCUCUCUCUCUCUCUCUCACUCCCACUCACUAUCUCUACCCGUCUCGCUCUUUUGCACGCACUUGAAAAUUGUGUUGAUUUUCGUUUUGAUCUCGUUACAAUUUCUUUUUUUUUUUUAUUUAAUUUUUUAUAACUAUUCUCUAAUUUGUUUUCCUUUGCGAUUCUUUAACAACUUUUUCAAUAUACUCAAUUUGUGAAUAUAUGUGCGAGUACAGUGAAAACUCGCCUUAAAGAACACAAACUUCUUAAAAAAAAGUGUUUUCGCUGUAUUUGCUUAUAUGCAAAAUUUUAUUUUAUUUUAUAUAACAUAUUUACAUAUAUACAUAAUUUUUUUUAAAUGGACGCGUGCAGAAUUCCGCUCCAAGAUUUAUUUGCAGUAUUUUAUCGCCUUUAUAAAAACAAAACAAAAAAGAAAAAGAUUCUCAAUGCAUCCAAAAGAAAAAAAAAAACCUUAAAAAAAUGUAAUUUUUAUUAUUUUUUUUUAAAUAUUGUCAGUAUUUUGUUCUUCCAUCCCUCUCCCAGUUCCCCCAAACAAAAAAAAAAAAAAAACCAACCCGCUACUAUGCUCCUUCUAUAUAGAGAUAUAUACUUAUAUAUAGCGUAUAAUGAUAUGAUUAAUGUAAUUCUUAAUUCUUUUUUAUGUGCAAUUCUCAAAUACACAUUCUUUGUCCUCCCUCCCACCUCCCCGCCCCCUCACCACUCUUUGCUAACACAGCUGCUUUAUAAAAUUAAAAUACGAAAAAAAAGAAUAUGAGUAAAAUUAUGAUGAAACGAAGAAUUCGAAUUAUGUAGUCUAACAUUUAAGCAAAAAAAAAAAAAAUGAAAGAAAAAACUUGCAAGUUUUUUUUUGUGCUUUAAACUUAAAUUGAAAUUAAUGUGGUUUCCUUAAUUAGCUGCUAAGUUUUUGAUUAAAUUAAUGGAUUAAUUUUUUUUACAAAUAAUUUGCAUACACACACACACACACACUUACACAUACAUACAUGUUUAAUAUAUAGAGCAUAUAAAUAAGGCACAAUUUCAUUAAUAUAUAUUUUUUUUGUUAGUCAUAAGCUCAAAAAGCAUGCUUUACACACACACACACACACACAAUCGCAUACAAGGCAACUCUAAAUAGCAUAUAGAAUAUAUAUAUAUAUAUAGUCUAUAAUAUAUUUAAUGCUACGUUCAUGAUCUAAGCAUAUAUACAUAUAUAAAAAACAAAAAACAAACAAAAAUAAUAUAGAGGUAUAUUUUUUGCAUUUAAUGAAACUUUUCGUUCUUAUUUUUUUCGUUAUGCCUUUUUAUUUUAUUUUUUGUGUUGUUCGCAUGUAAAUUAAAUGAAAAACACAAUUUGCAUAAAAAGUGUUAAAGAAAAAUAUAUAUAGUAAGAAGAAAACUAAACGAAAUUCAUAUAUAAAUGGAAUACUAAUUAAUAUGGCUAGCAAAAAAGAAGAAAAACAAAACGUUUACGAAGCUCCGUGGAUGGCAACAAAACGUUAAUGUUGACAAAAGUUUUAGCGCAAAUUACAAAUUACAAAUUAACAAAAAAAAAAAAAAAAAAGGAAAAGAAAAGAACAACUUUAAAUCAUAUACAAGCAUUUAAUGUUAAAUAAAGUAAAAAAAAGGAAAAGUCGUAAGGAAAUGAGAAACGUUUACGAACGCAGAUGUGAAGUAAACGAAAAGUAUUUUGUUUUUCGUUCGUUGUUUGGUUUUCAUUCUUAGAACACAACACACAUAUAUAAGCAUUAUUAUUAUUAUCAUUAUUGUAGUUGCAAAUGUUAGCUAAAAAAUAAUAGUUGCUAGUGUAGAACAACGUAGAAAACAAAAUAAGAGAAAGAAAAAAAAGAAAUGUUUGAUUUUUGCGUUUCUGCUUUGUUUGCGUCGUUCUUAAACGUUUUUUUUUUUUGUUGUUUGUUUUGUGUCGCUGUGGAUGAAAACAUAAUCGAUGUUUGUUGUUGCUUAACUUAUGUUUGUUAUGCUUAACGUUAGUUGUUUAAAAUUGUUGUUGCAACAACAAGAAUGCAACACACACACACACGCAUACACAACAUUUCACACACACCAACAACAAUAAUAACAACAACAACUGAUAACAACUAUUUUCAAUUAUGCAUUUUAUGGCUUGCUCCACCAAGGCGCUACAAACCCUACGCCCCUUCCCCUCGAGACCUCCCCUCACCACCUCAUAGACCACUUCGAAAUGUCUUCCGCACUGUCUUGAGUUACUUUAGAUGAAUAAUCAUAUAUAAUAUUAUAAAGAGAUUAGAUGAAAUGAAAUGAAGAAUAAACACAUACGUCUGCCAGUUUUUGGGAUACAUGAAAAGAACGUACAAAACGAAAUGAAUUAAGUUUAAAUAGCAUAGCAAUUUAUUUCAAGUGUAGUUCAGAAAAUCCUUCCCGUUUUCCCCCCCGGCAGAGAUUCGUCUAGCGUUGUGCGAUUGCAUUGAUUUUCACACAGCUGCAUACUAAUGACAUAGGAAGCGAGUGCAAAAAAUUUCAGCAACAGAAACGCGCUGCGAGCUGAGUUCGCAUAGGUUAGUUUUUUUUUCCAUUUUAUUUGCUGGGGAAUUGAUUCGGUAAACAGCACUGCCCACACCCCUUUUCGCAGCAAGUGAGUGAGAGAGAAGAAGCAAAAGCGAGUGAAGGAAAAAGAGAACCUGAGAAAAACACAAAGUUGGGAAACUUUAUCGGACAGCUUGUCUUUACUCAUGCAUAAUUCAGAAAAAAAAUUCAAGAGCCGGCAAAAAUCUGAAAAACAGCAACAAAAAAAAAAAAAAAAAUAAACAAACAGAAACACAAAAAAAAAAGAAAUAAUUUUUGUAUAUGGAAUCUAUUUUAUAUACUUACUGUAACUAGAAGAAGUGAAGGAAAGUGAACAACAAAAGCUGUAUCUCGCCCCACUGUACACACCCACAACACACAGACACGAUUUUUCUCCCGCCCUCCCUCAAAAAAAAAAAAAAAAAAAGUAAUAAAAAUGGAAAGCCAACGAAAAACUUCUCAAACACAACAGAAAAUUAAAAAAAAAACUUGUGCACUCCAAAAAAAAAAAACACACACACACACAAACAACAACAACAACAACAAGAAAAAUCUCAACGACUGCGCACACAAAAAAGUGAACAAAUUUUUUGUAUUAUAUUAAAAAAAAGCAAACAAAAAAAAUCUAUAUAUAUAUAUAUUGAAAUUCUCUUAAGCGAAAGUAAAACGAAACACUUGAACUUUAAUAUUAUUCAAAGUGUAUGAAAAACAAACAAACAAAAAAAAAAAAACAAGUAGCAAGAAGAAGAUGAAGAAGAAGCCAGACGAUCUAGAUAAAAAUGAAAAUACUAUUUUUUAAGUGUAAACCAAGCCUCGAAAAUUUCAAAACAAAAGGCUUGGACGCCAAAUUUUUCUGCAAUACAAAAAAAAAAAAAAAAAACUUAAGUAUGAUAUAUAUAAAAAAAAAGAAAACUUUAUAGGCAUAUACAUACAUCUAUAUAUAUGUACAAAUACACGCACACAUACACACACACACAGUCAAAAACACUGAGAUUGAAAAAAAUUGCAAAUUUUUUUUUUUACUACAAGAAUUACUUAAUGAAUUUAAGCGAACAAAACAUAAAAAAACUUGGGUGAAGUUUUUUUUUAGAUAAUUGAUAGAAAGAGGAAAAUGAAGAAGAAGAAGAAAGAAACCCGCCACGCCCACAACACAAACACACACACACACGAACCCACUCAGCAUUAGAAAAAGUCCAACAAAAAAAAAAAAAAAAAGAAAGAAGAAAACUAUAAUUAAAAAUGAGAAAAAUGUUGUGUGGAAAAAUAUCAAAAGAGCGUAGAAAAAUGUCGUAAAUUCUUUAAUUUAUUUAAACAAAUUUGUGUUUCUUUUUAAUUUGUUUCGUCUCUCUCUCUCUCUCUCUCUGUGUAAAUGUACCUAACAAGAAUGAAAAGAAAAAAAUGUUAGUCGUGGAAAAUAUUAAACAAUCAGAUCUUAAGACGUCUUCAAUUUGUGGGUUUGGUAAAAAGAUUAAAGAGCAAAAAAGGAAUGAAAGAAAAUUAACGAAAACGAAAGCCGAAAGCCGAAUGAGAAAGCAAAAUGGAAAUGCAAAUUAUAAAAAAAAAAAAUAAUAAUCAUAUACAUGCAUACAUAUAGUAUAUAUACAUAAAAUACAUUUAAUUAAAUGUGUAGUUCGAACUAAACGUAAAAAAACCAAUCGCAUAAUCUUCUAUUAUUAAUAAUAUUAAUAAUAAUAAUAAUACGAAAUGAAAGAAAAUCAAUUGUUUUUAAUGGCCUAAGAUUUAUAUAAAUUAUUACAAAAUACAAAAAAAAAAAAAAAAAAAAUGAAAGAAAAUUUGUUGUUAAAAAAAAUCUGAAUGAAAGGGGGAAAAAAAAACUAAAUGAAAGAAAAAUAGCACAAAAGUCGAAUAUACCCUGUAAAACUUGAAUUUUGUUGGAAUUGAUUUUUUGUCGUUUCUCUUUUUUCUCUACAAUUUUGUUGUACUUAUUUUUCUACAUAAAACAAAACUGAAAAAAAAAAAAAAAAAAAAAAAAACAAAAACCAAAACUAGUAACUGAUCCAGUACGAGUUGAACACGAAGUUUUUUAAAGCAUUUUCGAUAAAUAUUAAAAACAAAAAACAAAAGUGAGAACGAAAUAAACAAGAACAAAAAAAUAACCAAACAAAGCCGAACAAUUUCAAUCUGAACAAAACCUAAAGCCCACGAAAUAUAUAUUUAAAUAAAUUAUAUAAAUCUAUAUCUAUAUAUAUAGAGACAGAGAAAAGAUGGAAGCGCAGAAGCCGAAGCAAAACACAAAAGCAACAAACAUAUUUAUAUAUAUUAUGAAUGUCUAGUCGUAUUUUCAGUAUUAUACAAAAAAACUAAAAAAAAAAAAAAAAAACAGAAAAUGUACGUGAAGAAAACAAAUUUUUGAAAAACAUGCGAAAUGGUUAAAAAAAAAUAACAAAAGAAAAAUAUAUAUAAAAAACGAUUAAGUGUGUAGCGUGUACAAUAAAAACAUCUAAUAAAAAAAAACGGAAAACAAAAAAAAAUAUAUAUGUAUAUGGUAAACAAUUUUUAGAAGCAUUUUUAACAUAUUACAAACAAAAAAGAAGAAGAAAUAAAACGUAAAUGUUUAUCGUAAAACAAAAACAUAAACCAUAAAAGCGUACAUAUAUUAAAUUAGUUAUAUAUAAAGCAAAUAUAUAUAUAUAUAAAAGAAAAAUAUGAUAUUAAACAAAAAAUAAUAAAAAAAAGAAACGGAAAAAGAAAAAGAAAAGAAAUUAAACGAAAAUGUGUCUGUUUUUAGUGUUAGUUUUUAUGUAAGCUACCAAUUAAAACAAUAACAAAAUUCGAUGUGUGUAAAAAUAUAUAAAAAAUAUAUAUAUGCAUAUAUACCGAUCUAUAUAUGUGCAUAUAUAUAUAUAUAUAUUAUAGUAUGGUAUAUCAUAAAGAGUAAAGAGAAAGGCCAGAAAACCAUGUCAAAAACUCGCGCUGCUGUUAUACGUAUUUAUGUUUAAAAAUAAAUAAUAAAAACAUACAAAAAAUCAAUGAAAACGAAAAUAAAAAAAAGAAGAACUAUUGCAAUAAAUUCUUAAUUAUUAUUAUUAUUAUUAUUCUUUUUUUUUUAAAUAAAUCCUUUAUUUUUAUGAAUCUAUAUAUUAAUUUUAACAUUUCAACAGCAGAAAACAUUUAAUUAAUCUUUUUUUUAUAUAAAUAUAUAUUAUAUAUUAAUAAUUUUAAUUUGUAAACUCGUUUGAUUUUUCACUUAACAAACAAAUUAUAAAAAAUAUACAUAUAUAUAUAUAUUUUUAAAACCUUUAUUUGUGUUUGAUUUUGAUAUUCUCAACGGGCUCGUGUGGUUCAUAUCAAUGUGUAAUGGUAAUAAAACAAUAAAUGCAUAAAAAAAAAACAAAACGAAUAAUGAAAAACUAAAGAAUAUAAUUAUAGUUCAUCUAUGUAAAUGACAUUGUAUGUAAUUUUAAACAAGGAACGAAAAAAACCUAAAAAAAAAAAAAAAAAAAAAACAAUUGGCCUAAUUUGCUCAACCAAAAAAAUCAUAAAAAGAAAAUCAUAAUCUAAUAAUAAUAAAUAAAUAAUAAAUGUUUUUUUUUUUCUUACAUUUCUUGUGUUGAACGUUUUUAAUAGUUGAAUUUUAAAGCAUUUAGUUUAACUAAUGAAAGGCAGCCCAAAAAAAAAAAAAAAAUAAAUGACAAGCAAAUAAACAUAAAAAAAGAGAAAAAAAAACAUACAUAUAUUACAACAAAUUCUCGAUAAUAAAACAGUUUAUUAAUUCAUGUGAAGCAACAACAAAACAUAAACAAAAUGAAAAAAAAAACAUUUAGUUUUUAUUGUAAUUCCG